AUGCCUUUCGAGCAAGUUCAGCAGUGGAUCAAGAGCCGAGGCGACAAGAAGUCGUCCCAGGACCCUCCAUCGUCACCCGCUUACGAGGCGGAACCACCGGUUCACACCGCCGAAGCACCAGCACACAUGGAUGGACCACCUGCCUUCAUGGCGGGCAGAAGAACAGCUACGUUCUUCACUCCAGAGGGCCGUAUGAAUUACGUGAUUGAGCAUCUGCGCCUCGAUCCCGCCACUGCCGCAACGUAUGAGCAAGCCAUCAACGAUGGCAGCCACAUGGUUGGCCGCCAUGGCUAUGGUGAGCUACAGGAGAUUGACCAGUUUGAACUUGACUACUGGGUGACAAAGGAGCGCGGCAAGGACCCUUAUCGCGUCAAGAAAGGAGGCAAUCUUGUCAUGGUCCCAGAGGGGUACCUCAUCUACUUGGACGAGAUGAGCAAGGCACGAAGACGUGGGGAGAUUGAAAGGGAGAUCCUUAUGCUGCAGGAGAAAGCGCAGCAGAAGUUCCACAAGGGGCUCAACGGCUUCAUCCGGUCGAAUUGUCGUAUUGAUAUUCACAUCCUGGAGAAGGAACUCGUUAAGAUCCAGGCUAUUGGAGGGCGUCGGACUCUUAACAGCUGGUAA